CGACUCGACUCGUUCAUAUUAAUUUUCGUCGUCGUGUCCCAUUCCCACACCCUCCCAAGAAAAGACCACCCAUGAUCGCCCCCAAACGCAACUCAAACGGGCAGUAGUCCCUUCUGUAUGGUAAAUCAUAAAAUCAUUUUUUAGAAAAAUAAAUGAAAAAGGCCGUGGCAUCGUGGCCAAACGCCCGCCUGCACCAUCCCGGACAGCGUAUCACAAACUCACGGCCUGCGGAUGAUCUGUCAUGGCAUGCGUAAGGGACUACGCCGUACGGACGGACUUGGCUGUUAGUCCAUGUCUAGGGGCGGCCGCCGUUCGCUUUGCAUCAGGGAUGUUAUGGCCUUUGGGACGGACCGGUCAGGAUGGGGCAAUCGCUCGAGUAUCGGGGGUAGGUAGAUGCAUGCACAUGCCCCCAGUCCCAGUCCCAGUCCUAGUUCUCCGUCCGUACGUACGGACUCCCUACGGAGUCAAGACUCAAGCCAUCGUCGCAAAUUGGCUGACGGCGACGGGAUGGGCUGGGGUGGGUUCCCUAAUGCCAUGACGGACCCGGGGCCCGUCACUCUUCAUUUCCAGCGCCGUGCUGAAGUCCAGUUCAGUCCCGGUUGCCCGUCGGAGAUGAAGACGCUGAUAGGAUGAGCCAGAC